AUGUUUGCACUCUUGCUUGAGUGGCUCAAUACUCUUUGGUCCAGCAUCAUCCAUCUUCGUCCACUUGUGUUUGCACUAGAAAAAUUAGGCCUGAUAAAGAAAAAGCCCACUUCUUUAACUUCCGAUCGUUAUCAAGGAAUUGGCUCAACAGGUCAAUCAUCCCAAAAGAAAUCAUCCUCCACUAUUGAAUUUCCAUUACUUCCCGUUCAUCCUCUUCCCAAAAUAUACGAUGAAAAAGCUAAAAGUUAUUUUGUUCAAGAUUUUGAUAUCGACACCGAUGAUCCUCAAGAAAUUUUGAAAUUCUUUAAUGACUAUGGUGUGGUUGUUUUUAGGAAUAUUCUUUCAGAAGAACAAAUUGAUCGCAGUAUUCAAGAAGUGUGGGAGGAUUUAGAAGAGAGUGAAGGAUUUAAGAAACAUGACCCAGAGAGUUGGAAGAGAGUCUCUCGAUUGGGUAUUCUUGGUGACGCUGUUUAUUGGAAGCGAACGGGAAUGGAAAAUAGACAAAAUGAAAAGUUAGUGCGAGCAUUUGAGCUAUUAUAUGCCAGAAGUAGAUCUGAGCUGUGGACUAGUUUUGACCGAGUUGGAGUUUUGACACCUACUCUCAAUAUUCCAAUUCCAUACUAUGAUUAUAAAUCAUUACCAAAAUCAUGCAUUCCAAAUGAAACACCCUUAUCAUCGAAAACUAUUAAUAUGGAGCAUUUAAGGACUGAAUCUCAGUGGUUGCAUUGGGAUUGUAAUCCGUUUUGUGUUUUAGGCGAAUUUCCACCCAGUACUGAAAGUGAAGAAGAAAAUAUGUCGAUUUUAGAAUUGAAUCCAAAUUAUUACUUAAUCACCGAAAACAACGGAAAUCAUGGAUUAUUGAGGUUACAAGGAGUCCUUCAAUUGACCGAGUCAAGAGAGGAAGAUGGAGGAUUCUUAUGUGUACCUGGAUUUCACAACCACGCUCAAGAAUAUGUAGAGAAAUUAAGUUCUAUUCGGCCUGGACCAAAAUGCACAUUCUUGAGUGUCUUUAGGGGAGACAACUUGUUAACACAAACACAAAAGGUACCAGCUAAGGCAGGUUCUCUGAUCGUGUGGAAUACGCUACUUCCUCAUGCAAACUAUCCCAAUCAUUCAGAACGAUUCCGCAUUUGUCAAUACAUCAAAAUGAUACCAAGAAAGGGAAGUGAAUCGUUCCAAAAAUUAAGAGCAUCCAAGAUUCAAGAGCAUGCUCGACACUUCUCGUUUGUACCCUCAGAAACUGGCAAACAAGUUUUUGGAUUUGAAUUACUUGACGAGUACAAACAACUGUAA